GGUAGCUAUUAACCAGCGAGUAUUAUUUACUAUUUAGCCGCCAGGUGCAAACUUUAGAUAAUACAACGAUUUGAAUUUAAGUAACAUUUAAAAACUACACAAGCGUUUUUUUUUCUUUAUAAAGUUAUCCUUUAUAAUAAAAGAUGAAAGUAAAAUAAUAAAACUAAACACUUUCCUUUUAGUUUUUCGCUUUAGGUCACUUACACUUAUUACAAGUUUUACUUCAAACAUUACCUAGGAGAAUCCAAGACUUUUUAAUUUUCAAUUUUCUCACUUUAUUACCUAUGGAAAAUUCAGUUAUGGAAACAGUAAAUGGUUCUACAGACACCAUACCUAACAAAACUGUUUCGACUAAUGAAAAAGAGAACGAAGACAAUAAUGGUGUUCAAAAAGAAGACUGUACUACCCCGUCGCCGGUUAUUGAAAAAGCUGUGGAAAACACAAAUGUUGGAAACUGCUAUUGUAACAAAGACAGGAACUACAAUAUAAUCGAGUUGCUAUGUGCAAAUUGCAAUCGUUGGUAUCAUGAAUCGUGUAUUGGUUAUCAACUGGGAAAGUUGGUUCCUUUUAUGGUGAACUAUAUAUUUGUAUGCAAAAACUGUUCAACCACUGGACUUGAGAGUUUCAAAAAAAAUCCUGCUAUGUUUCCGCAAAUGUGUGUAACGGCGAUUGGAAAUCUUAUGCAAGAAAGUAACAAAAACGGAAACCCUCAGGUGUAUUUUUCUAGGGACAAAGACAUCAUUCCAUUUAUCGAAUCACAUUGGGAAAGUAUGACCACGACGGCUAGAAGAGUCACACAAUCUUGGCAUUCGACAAUUACCAGAUCAUUAAUAAAGGAGACGGAUGCUUUAUUUGGAGUACAAACCGAUGAAAAUGGCGGUCACUCUUACAAAUUAUUAAUUGAUAUACCCCAAAUCAAACCCAAUUACGAAGCCAUGAUCAAAGGUGGUCAUUUGAAAGUUACAGAAACCGGAAUUCAACCUGCCAUAACGAGUGGUCUCAAAGGUCGUGGAGCUAAACGAAAAACAUUAGGUGACGGAACGAGUGGUCCAGGUAGUGGUAAAAAAGGAAGAAGUGCUGGCGACCAGUCGAACAUUAAAUUACCUGCACACGGGUAUCCACUCGAACAUCCUUUCAACAAAGACGGUUAUAAAUACAUUUUGGCGGAGCCCGAUCCUCAUGCGCCGUUCAGGCAAGAAUUCGAUGAAUCUAACGAGUCGGCUGGAAAACUGAUCCCUGGCUGGCUGUACCGUCCAUUGUGUCCGAACCAGGUGCUAUUAGCAUUACAUGAUCGUGCUCCACAACUCCACGUUUCCGAAGACAGAUUGUCAGUUACCGGGGAAAAAGGAUAUUGUAUGAUUCGAGCUACCCACUAUGUUAGCAGUGGAAACUGGUAUUGGGAAAUGACUGUUGAUGAAAUGCCUGAAAAUUCAGCGUGUCGAAUCGGAUGGAGCCAAGAAUUUGCUAAUAUACAAGCUCCACUGGGAUACGAUAAAUUUGGAUAUUCAUGGAGGUCGAGAAAAGGCACGGUGUUCCAUGAAAGUCGAGGAAAGCACUUUAGUAAUAGCUAUGGCGAAGGAGACACUUUAGGCAUUAUGAUAAGUUUACCCAAUGAUCUACUACAGCUGCCACCAACUCAUAAAAAUUUGAUACUGAUUAAAUUCAAAAGUCAUUUGUAUUAUGAAGAACAAUCUCAAGAUAGUAGCCGUGAUGCAUUAAAAAGUCUUAAACCACUUAUCGGCAGCAAAAUAGUUUAUUAUAAAAAUGGUGAACGUUUAAACGUUGGCGCAAUCGACUUGUAUGAAGGAAAAUAUUUUCCAACUGUAUCAUUGUACAAAAAUUGUACAGUUUCCGUGAACUUUGGACCAGAUUUUAAAUAUCCGCCACCGCAAACUGAUGAGUUUAAAUACAAAGGAAUGUGGGAGAGAGCUGGCGAAGCAAUAUGUGAGCAAACUUUGGCCGACGUUGUUUAUUUAACUAUGAACGAAGGAAAAUUGAAAUUGAGUGACCUAUAAACGUUAGAGUAAUUUUAUAAGUAAUUGUAUUUAAAUUAAAAACAAUAAACAUAAUUGUUGUUAAGAAAAUAUUUUUCAAUUAUUCACUUGUAAAAAUUUGUAAUAAUUAAAAAGAUGUAAUUUAUUUUUUUUUUUUUUUGCUCUAUUAUGAAUGGUUAAAAUUAUGAUAUAACUUAUGAUGAUCAAAGUGAUGGCUUAUGCUAUAUGAAAACCAUUUGAAAACUGUAAGUAGUUCAGAGGAUGUUAUACUCAAAUUUUCCAGUGCUAAAACAUAUCUUAUUAGAAUGCGUUUUACUCGCUCCUGAUUAUUUUAAAAAAUACUUAUAACAGAAACAAAAUGUUGGAGAUAAUGUCAUAACUUUUUUUAAAUUACUAUAACUUUUUUUCAAUGUUGUUACCUUACGAUUUCUUAGAAGGUGUUUUUGCUCUUAAACAACUAUGGACCUACGCAUUCUGCGUAGCUAUCUUAAAAUUUAAAAAAUGCUUUAAAUCGCUGUCAAAGAUGCUGCGGUAGACAAAAAAAUAGUCCUAAUUGCUAACCUAAUAAUUACACAUUCCAGUUUAAGCUUUAAAUAAAGAUUUUGCAAAAAAUUGUCUUUACCUAACUUCUUAAUAAAUGGGGGGUAUCACAUCCUCUUAAGUGUAGAAGUAUUAUCAAUAUAUUAAUAACAUUAUAAUA